CUGUCAUUGUCAUUCUUUUCCCCCGUUAACUUUUCUGAAUUUGUCACGUCAACUUUUUCAGAAAACAUUUUCAACAAUGGGUGAACCAAUAUCUACCGCCACAACAUUCCCGAUUUUCGAAAAACCCGUACUUCAGUACAAUGAAAAUGGGUGGGGACCAUGCGAGUUGCCCGAAACAUUUAAGGAUAUGCCCUACCAGCCUUUCAGUAAAAGCGAUCGUUUGGGUAAAAUCUGUGAUUGGACUGGCUCAUCGGCUAAUGAUAAGAAAUAUCAGAGCAAAUACCAAUCGAGCUUCGGAACAGGCAGUCAAUACGCCUACUUCCAUGAAGAAGACGAAACGACCUUCCACCUGGUGGACACUGCGCGUGUACAAAAACCACCACAUCAACGUGGUCGCUUCCGUGGGAACUUGAGGAACUCGAGGAUGCACCGGGGACGCAAUUCUCGUGGUGGGCUCCAAUCUGGUAUGACCACUCUGGGCGGAAAGAAUGUCAAGUCACGCGAUAACCGCCGUGGAAUGGGCAAGAAGUUCGGAAUGCGUAACGCUCCCCCAAAGAUCCGUGAUGCUUCCGUGGCUGUCCGUGCCGACUGGUUGACUGUUGAGUCCAUGGACUUCCCACGUCUCAUCAAGUUGUCGCUGCCAAACAUCAAGGAGGGCGAGGACAUCGUGACUUGUGGUACUCUGGAGUACUACGACAAGAGCUACGACCGUGUGAACGUCAAGAACGAGCGUCCUCUUCAGAAGAUUGACCGUAUCGUCCACACUGUCACCACCACUGACGAUCCAAUCAUUCGUCGUCUCUCGAAGACCGUGGGUAAUGUUUUUGCCACUGACGCAAUCCUGGCCACCAUCAUGUGCUGCACCCGUUCCAACUACUCGUGGGACAUUGUUGUGGAGAAGUUCGGCGACAAGAUCUUCAUGGACAAGCGUGACAACACAGAGUUCGAUUUGUUGACCGUAAACGAGACCUCAGUCGAGCCCCCAACAGAUGACGAUGCAUCCCCCAACUCUCCCAGGAAUCUGGCCAUCGAGGCCACCUUCAUCAACCACAACUUCAGCCAGCAGGUUCUGAAGACCGGCGAAAAGGAGCCCAAGUUCAAGUUUGAAGAACCAAAUCCUUUCAUUGGAGAGGACGAGGAUGUGGAGAUCGCCAGUGUGGGCUACCGUUACAGGAAGUGGGAUUUGGGUGGUGGAAUUGUUCUUGUUGCCCGCUGUGAGCACGACGCCGUUCUACAAACCCCCAACAAUGAAGCUCAAUUCCUUACCAUCAAGGCCCUCAACGAAUGGGAUUCGAAACUGGCAAACGGUGUUGAGUGGCGUCAGAAGCUCGACACCCAACGUGGUGCCGUCUUGGCCAAUGAACUGCGCAACAACGCCUGCAAACUGGCCAAGUGGACCGUUCAAGCCGUUCUCUCCGGCUCCGACCAAUUGAAAUUCGGUUAUGUUUCUCGUGCUCACAUUCGUGAUCCCUCUCGCCAUGUCAUCUUGGGCACCCAGCAAUUCAAGCCCCAUGAAUUCGCCACCCAAAUCAAUCUGAGCAUGGACAAUGCCUGGGGUAUUCUGCGUUGCAUCAUCGACAUUGUCAUGAAGCAGAAGGACGGCAAGUACUUGAUCAUGAAGGACCCCAACAAGCAGAUGAUCCGCUUGUACGAUAUUCCCGAUAACACAUUCGAGAGUGAUGGUUCUGAGGAGUGCGACGAUGACAAUGAAACUUUCCAACCCGUUUACUCGUAUGGCAGCAGCAGCAAAAGGAUUUAGAUUUCCGUAACUGGAUUUUUUAACCUCUCUUUUUUUACCUAAAAACAUUUUCAAUUAAAAUUAAAUAAAAUACAGAGCAAGAGAGAUCGCAAUAGUUUUGUAAAGGGGAAAAGUGGAGAAAGUGUUUUAUUGGAGACUAAAAGAAAACAAUUUAAAUAAAUAAUAUUGUGUUUUUAUACAUCCUGCGAACAAAACUUGAAUUCAUUAUGAUUGUUUGUGACAAAAUUAAUAAUUAUUCAACAGCCUAUAUCUUCUUCAAUAAAAAACAUCAUAGGAGAAAA